AUGGAGAACCAACAGGUUUAUAACGAUGUUCAGAAGCACUAUGGUUUAGCCGCGAGAACUAGUGACGAUAAUGCCUAUAGCCGGAAGGUGGCGGCGGCCUUUGGAUACAGCGAGGAAGAACUGGCCAACACGCCGGCAAACGCCAAUCUUGGGCUGAGCUGCGGCAACCCGCUGGCAUUGGCAAACUUGAAAGAGGGUGAAUGUGUGAUUGAUCUCGGCUCUGGCGCCGGAUUCGAUGUAUUCUUAGCUGCGAAGGCCGUGGGGUCUACCGGCAAGGUCAUCGGGGUAGACAUGAACAAGGACAUGCUCGAGAGGGCCAACAAGAAUAAGGAAAACGCAAAGGCAGAGAACGUAUCCUUUGUCGACUCGCAGAUCACGGCCAUCAACCUCCCUGACUCCGUUGCCAAUUGUAUUAUCAGCAACUGCGUGGUGAACCUUGUCCCCGAGUCAGAGAAGCAGCUUGUUUUCAACGAGAUGUUCCGGCUCCUCAAGCCAGGUGGUCGAGUUGCCAUCAGCGAUAUCCUUGCUAAAAAGCCACUUCCAGCAGAAAUCCUUAAUAGCGUGGCCCUCUAUGUUGGCUGCAUUGCUGGUGCCAGUCAGGUUCAGGACUACGAGAAGUACCUUCGCAAAGCUGGUUUUGACGAAGUCCUUAUCGUCGACACCAAAUCCGACCUGAACGUUUAUACAACCGCCAAAGACGACGGCCAGGCUACUAGUGGCUGUGGUACGAAGAGUAAGCCAGGUUGCUGCAGUGGUGGAGUGGUCUCAGCCGAGUCGGCGGCUGAAGUUGCAAAUGUUGACUUUAACGAAUGGGCGGGUUCCUUCAAGAUAUAUGCCAUCAAAGCAUGA